UUUUUUAGACUUCCUAAGGUUUUUGCAAUGAUUCCAUAGGUAUUCUUCAAAAAUUAAUGUUUUAUUUCUUUUAGUUAAGUUUGUUGAGAUUUCAUUCUUGGACAAUCUGGAUCGAGCAGGGUUUUUUUUAAAUCGAAUUUAACUACUGAAAAAUUUAAUCUUCAAAUAAAAAUGUGUGGAAUAAUGUGUGAAAUAUAUUUUCGAAGUGCUGGCACAGUUAAGCCUCCAGAUUCCUAUAUUCUUACUCAUGUCAAUAGAAGAGGACCAGAUAGUAAUAAAAUUGUGAAUGUGAACACUAAUGGAAUAAAUAUCACUUGCUGUGGAGCAGUACUAUGGUUGCAGGGCCUGCAACCUGUUUCUCAACCCCUUGAAAAUGAUAAAGGAAUUCUUUUAUAUAAUGGUGAUAUAUUUGAUUGGAACUUGAACGACAAAAAAAACGAUACUGAAGAAAUUAUGGACAGAUUCAACAGGCUUUAUCCUUGGAAUAAGGAUGUAUUUGAACAUGAGUAUAAAAUAGAUGCAUGGGCACAAUCGGUUAAACUGUUACAAAAUAUACCUGAUGACAGAUUUUCUCUAGACUGUAAUAUAAAUAUUGACUUUAACUUUGAGGACAAUGUUAGAAAUUUCAUAGAAACCACUGCUAAGAUUUCAAAAGAUAAGUAUGUGAUUAUGGAUACUCUGCUAAAUAACUCUGAAAUAAAAGACUCUGUUUUAAAAAUUUUAAAUUUACUCAAUCUGAGUGUAGAAAUGCGCACAAAAAAACAACCAAUGAAAUGUAAAAAAUGUCUGUUUAAUGCAGAAUUAUGUUAUCAUUCUUCUGUUGGAAUUUUAUUUUCGGGAGGACUAGAUUGCACAAUAUUAGCAUACUUAGUUGACAAACAUUUACCUAAGGCCCAAAGUAUAGAUCUUAUAAAUGUGGCUUUUAAAAAGGACAAGGAGACAUAUGAUGUUCCAGAUAGAUUAACUGGAAAACAGUCUUUAGAAGAGUUAAAAAAAUUAUGCCCACAUAGAAACUGGAUAUUUAGAGAAAUCAAUGUACCAAAUGAUGUAUUAAUGAAAUAUCAAGAAACAACUAUAGCAGAUUUAAUAUAUCCUAGGCAGACAAUUUUAGAUGAAAGUUUAGGAUCUGCAUUAUGGUUUGCUGCUCAAGGGAAUGAUGAAGAAACAGUGUCACCAUGUAGGGUUUUAAUAAUAGGUUCUGGAGCUGAUGAACUCUUUGGUGGUUAUACCAGACAUAGAAAUAUUUUUAGACGCGAUAGUUGGACAGGCCUCUAUAAAGAGUUGCUUAAAGACUGGAAGAGAAUUUCAUUUAGAAAUUUAGCCAGAGACAAUCGUAUCAUUUGUGACCAUGGACGUCAGCCUAGAAUGCCAUACUUAGAUGAAACUUUCACGCAAUAUGUUUUGGAAUUAAAGCCAUGGUUCAAGUGUUUCCCAAGUGAAGAAUUGGGACCUGGAAUAGGAGACAAACUUUUCUUGAGACUUGUCGCAUUUCAUCUUGGUUUACGACAAGUUGCAAUAUUACCUAAAAGAGCCUUGCAAUUUGGAUCAAGAAUAGCAAAUAAAAAAGAAAAAGGUAGUGAUAUAUCAAGAAACUUCAAAGAUAGUAAAGCAGUUAAAGAGAACUUUAAUAAAAAAUGAUUUGGAUCAUAAUAAAAUCCAAAAAAUA